AUGACAAUUUUCAGCCCUAAAAGUAACGUCAGUGGGAACAGCAACUGCAACGGGAACUUCAACCUCAACAGCAAAGAGGUCCAGGGAGUAGCCCCCAGGAACGCCCAUCAAGAGUUACUACAUAUGAUUUCGGAAUAUCGGAGUGGUUUAAACAUUCAACCACUAAGUGACAAAGAUGGAAUCCAAAACAAUGUAAUAACGAUUUGUGUCAGGAAAAGACCAUUAAACAGAAAAGAAGCAGUGGAUGUAAUAACUAUCCCAAGCGAAAACCAAGUUAUUGUGCACGAACCUAAAACCAAAGUCGAUCUGACGAAAUAUUUAGAAAAUCAUUUAUUCAAGUUUGAUUAUGCUUUCGACGAGACGUGCUCCAACGAAAUGGUAUACAAAUAUUCAGCGCAACCCCUAGUUAACACGAUCUUCGAAGGCGGCUUGGCCACUUGUUUCGCAUAUGGGCAAACGGGUUCUGGUAAAACCCACACCAUGGGGGGUACCUUCACUGGCAAGAACCAAGAUUUUCGUAAAGGAAUUUACGCCAUGACUGCAGUGGACGUGUUCAAACUGGCCACGUCUUCAAAAUAUCGUCAUCUAGAUUUCGUGAUUUCGUCAAGUUUCUUUGAGAUCUAUUCCGGGGAAGUAUUCGACCUUCUGAAUAAUAAACAGAGAUUAAGAAUACUUGAAGACGGACAUCAGGAAGUUCAGGUCGUUGGAUUGGCAGAAAAAAUCGUCUGUUCGACUGACGAUGUAUUGAAGCUCAUCCAAAAGGGUCACCAACAGCGAUCCUCUGGAAGAACUUCCGUUAAUUCACAUUCGUCGAGGUCUCACGCAGUCUUUCAGAUUUAUCUGCGAACGAACAAAAAUAUGGAGAAGGUGUAUGGGAAGUUCUCUCUAAUUGAUUUAGCAGGGAAUGAGAGAGGCGCGGAUACGUCGUCGGAAGACAAGCAAACUAGAAUUGAAAGUGCUGAAAUAAACAAGUCUCUUCUCGCCUUGAAAGAGUGUAUAAGAGCGUUAGGUAGAAAGGGGGCUCAUCUACCAUUCAGAGUCAGUAAACUGACUCAAGUCCUGCGAGAUUCGUUUAUCGGUCCCAAUUCACGUACAUGUAUGAUUGUCAUGGUAUCGCCUGGAGUCGGCUCGUGUGAAAACACCUUAAACACUUUAAGAUAUGGUAACAGAGUCAAAGAACUUAAAGGUGGCAGUUUGCAAACUAACACUACAUCAGAUGAAGGAAAAGAUGAUCGUAGUAAAUUUUUAAAUGAAAAUGGUAUGACCUCAGAAAUGUCGAAACUACAACAACCCAUCUCUCAACAGGAACUUGCUAAAGAAGACCUGUUACGCAAUCAUAAAAAAACUAUCGAACUGUUAUUGGAAUCCUACGAAAACGGAGCAGAACUGUUGAGAAUGACUGAUGAAGUGGAUUAUGACCAAGAAGCAUAUUGCGAAAAUUGGGAGGAACUGCUCGACAACAUGGCGACUUUUUUGGCAAUGUCGAAGCAGCUGGCAACUGACUACAGACAAAAAUAUUUUAAUCGAAGAAGAACUCAGUCGUAUAGAAAGAAGUAACGUUACAAGCCACAUGCAACCUAUACGAGAAAUAAAACAGUUCUGUGU